AUGCGUUGGCCUAAAGGAGCGAAAAAGGGCACUGUCAUUGUGGGUGGAAAUGGUGAAGGAGCAGGAGCAAAUCAGUUCAAUCCUCUUGAAGGUUUGUCCUUCGAUCGACAUGGCAAUCUCUAUGUCGUUGAUUUGGGAAAUAAUCGUAUUCAACGCUUUUCAAUCGAAUAGACUCAAAACGAUGAAUUAUUUUUUUUGCGUUCCUUUUCUUUCAAAUAAAUCACAUUGAAUUAAUGAAACGAAUGUCUAUUCUAUUCGCGCGACCAGGAACCAUCCUGGUGGAGUCGUGGCGAGCGUAACG